AUGGCUGGUAAUUUUAGAAGAUUUGACGAAGAGGAGGAAGAUGUUUUGGCGCCUAAGGAGCCUCAAGUUACCUCCCAGGAUCCCGAAGAACGUAAAGCGGGAAGAGCCUUGCGUGUAAAACGAAGACAAGAUGCUCUUAAAAGAGCCGAACAGCCUACGGAAGAAAUAAGCACUGAGGACGAACCCGGUCCGAUUGAACAAGCAACAGCAGCCGCAGCAGAAGAACUUCAGCGCUUAGCAUUAGACGGCGCUGCUAAAGUCACAAAUGUAAAGGUUACGACAGACGAGCGGGAAGUUGUUCGCCGUGAAUUGUUUUCAGAAAAGUUGAAAAAUGCUUUAGAGAAGAUUGAAAACGAAGCAAUGGAAGCACAGAUACAAUAUGAAGCUAUUUCGUCUCAUUGGGAUGCAAUGUUGAAGAUAAAGGAUCCUUUGGAUAUCGAUUACGAAAUAAAAAAUCAAAAAGAAAAAUGUGAAGCGUUGUUAGAACAGAAGAAUCAACUUAUCACUGAGUUAAAAGAGGAAUUAAAACGUACGGACGAUGCUUACUAUGAAGAUUUGGAUAAACAAGAUAAAGACAUAAAAGAGUUAUCGGAUCGAAUUGAAAAGCAAGUGACUAUUAUGCAAAGAGCUUAUGAGAAGCAGUUGUCUCUGAUAGAGCAAGCUAUAAAUAUUGAACGUGAAGCUAUGGUGGAACAUAAUAACAAACGUUGGGAAGCACUGUACAAACAGAGAGAUAAGGAAGAAAUUGCUCACUUGGAAUACAAGUUCGACCAGCUAGAAGAACAUAAGGAACAAAUGGAAGCUAUAAUGUGGGACCAUCAUACAAAAUAUCGGGAAGCAAAAAUUGAGCUUGAAUCAUUAAUACAGGAACUACAAAAAGAACUGGAGAAAUUAAAGGCUACUUGCCUUAUAAACACAGAAAAAAUUGGAUACAACUACCAAGUGUUGAAAAAAAGGGAGGAAGAAAAUGUAUUUGUAAGAUCGCAACAAAAGCGGAAAUUAAAUAAAAUGUCGGACAUUGCAAAUAAUUUACGCACUAAAAUACGCAAAGCUGCUGAAGAUGGCGCCAUUGAAGAAAUGAAAGCUGACGUUGAAAUUAUAAAAUUGAUGCAAUCUAUGGACGACUUGGAAAAGAAAUCGCGACAUUUUUCUCGAGUUAACAAUUAUAAAUUUAGUCAAGUAUGGCGUAUGUCGGAAGCACAGUGUGCCCAGCAUUUCAAUGAUAUAAGAAACACUGAAGUUGCGCUGCAUGCUCAUAUUUUGGCGGAACCCCCACCUCCACCUCAGCCUAAACCUUCAAAGAGCCCUUUAUCAAAAUAUGAAAUGGAUAGAACGUGUACAGCUGUACAAGAUGGGCACGAAGAUCAUGAAGACGUCAAUAAUGCUGCGACAAGAGACGCCAAAGACAGAUUGAUCAAGCAUAUUCUUCAGUUGGUGGCCGACAAUACAGGAUUUUUAGUAGAAGAUCGUUUAUUAAAACUAAUAGAAAAAUAUCAACCGACUUCUAGGAAUCUAUGUACGCUAGAUUCCAUUUUUAUGGCUCUAGAAAUCCAAGCUGAAGAAGACAUAGAACUACUUUGUAAAAUUUUUUUGGGCUAUGCCUUUUGCUCGACUUGUGCUGGGAUGGAAUUAACUGCAUCUGAAUCUUUGGAACCAUCAUCUGUGGCUGAUUCUCAGGAUUCACGUCCAAGUGUAGCGGGAAAGAGGACACCAGGCGAAAGAUCCUCUACAAAAAUUAGGGGCAGUGUUAUCGCGAGAAGCAUGUCGGUCUGCACAUCGCGCUCUAUUCAUGUUGGAUUUAAGACUCGUGAGUUAUCGCCAGCCGAGCUACAACUGGUAGAGGAAGCUGAUGAGAUCAUACAAAAAUGUGGUGAUCCACAAGCAAGCUCAACCGUAACGAGGGCGACUUCAGACACAGCGGCGUCAGCACCAGGACGGCGCGGCGGCCGUGGGGUCACUGUUUCUCCACAUCAUACGCUUGCUGUCAACAAGGAAAACCCUUUCCUAUGCCCAGCGGGGCAUUACAUGGAAAUUGAACCUAUGCAGGUUUUGACCGCUCUAAACGAAUUUAUGUCUGUAUUCGUCCCACCGGAUAAGAAGAAACUAUACGAUAUACUGGAAAGUGUAAAGCCCCCUGACUUCACCACACCGUCGCGUAAAUUGUCAGCGGAAGAAAUUGUACAGUAUUGGAAUCAAUGGAAAAAUGUGUUCCCGGCUGAAAAGGAUCGCUUUUGGGACGGUUUGUUAGCUGGCCUCAAUACCUACUUGCCAAUAUUGCAAGAACGGGAGCGUCUGCACGACGACGUAGUGGAAUUGCGGAUGCGCAACGCAGCAUUACGCCGUCUUGUACGCGGCGCACUACCAAAGUUACCUCCUCCUCCUCCUCCUUCAAAACAACGUACCGACCGACGAGCUUUUACUGCUCCAGUGACCGAUAACGCCCCGGCGUCCGCCGCACUGCCCCCCAUAUUAUUAUUUAAUUGA